AUGCCUUUGACCGAAGCACUGCAGCAAACUCCUGCUUAUGCGAAGCACAUGAAGCAAUUCCUCGGUAAGAAGAAGAAAUAUCUAGAUGAAGAAAUAAUUGAAGUGCAGGGCAAUUGCAAUGCUAUUAUGCAGAAGAUUCUCCCUCCAAAAUUUAUAGAUCCGGGGAGUUUCACCAUUCCUUUCAAGCCAACAAGAAUGAUGCUUCAGUUGGCAGAUAGGUCCGUCAAAUACCCUCAUGGUGUGGUAGAAAACAUGGUGGUAAAGAUUGAUAAACUCCAAUUCCUGGUGGACUUUGUAGUGACGGAGAUGGAGGAAAAUGCAGAGGUACCACUCAUCCUUGGACGACCAUUUAUGAAGACAGCUAAGGUUGUCAUUCAUGUAGAUGAUGGAGUUGUAACAUUGAAGGACCAAGAGAGAGAGGUGACUUUCAAUGUUUUUGAAGUUGGGCAGCCAAUUCAAGAAAAGCAGACUAGUCUUAAAAUAAUAGAUGAAGUUCUAUCAGUGACUAGUCUACCUGAUAAAGCUAUCAAGUUGGUCAAAAAGGGCCUUAGUUGUUUCUAUAUAAAAGUGGAAGGAGAGGACGAAGAGAAGGAAGGAAAAUUUGUUCACUAA